AUGCCGGCCUCAGUCGCUCCCUGGGUGGUCUUCAUGCUGCUGUGGUUGACUCUACCGGUUGUGACUCCUGUCAGGAGACAAUACGAAACUGCAACCGAAUCUAUGAUUUCUCUGAAUCCUCCAUGGACCGCUUUCUUUCAAGGAGAGAAAGUGACUCUGGCGUGCUAUAGAUAUGGCUUCAGGUUACCCCAGAAAACAAAAUGGUACCGGAAUGGCAAAGCAUUAAGAGAAAUCACAGUUCACACCUUCAGGUUCUCUGUGUCUGGAGAGUACCAAUGCCAAGCUGAUGACUUACAUCUAAGCAUCUCUGUGCACUUACACUUUGAUGAAGGUCCACUGGUGCUGCGAGCUCCACCCGCUGUGUUUGAAGGAGAGCCUGUGACUCUGAGGUGCCACGCAAAGGAAAGUAUAGCACAAAAGACCUUGACAUUUUACAAGAAUUAUGAUACUCUGAAACCAUCUGGUCAACGUUCUCAGCUCCUUAUUCGUCAUGCAAAUCCGAGUGACAAUGGUGUAUACCGCUGCAGUGGGAAGAAGGAGUGGUCUUGGUCCAGCACUUCUUCCAAUUCUAUCACAAUCCAAGUCCAAGAGUUAUUCCCACGUCCUGUGCUGAGAGCCAGACCCUCUCAACCUGUAGAUGGAAGCCCGGUGACCCUGACCUGUCAGACUCGGCUCCCCGCACAGAGGUCAAAUGUCCAGCUCCAGUUCUGUUUCUUCAGAAACUUCCAGGCUCGGGCUCUUGGGUUAGGCUGCAGCAGCUCCUCAGAGCUGCACAUUCCUGCCAUAUGGACUGAAGAUUCAAUGUCGUACUGGUGCAUGGCAGAAGCAAUGGAUGCCCAAGUAAGAAAACGAAGCCUGGCAAUUAAAAUUCCUGUGCAGAGGGCUUCUGCGGACUUCCAAAUACACAGUGUCCCAGCCUUGACGUCGGUGUUUGAAGGACAGUUGCUGUUAUUCAACUGCUCAGUAAAAGGGGUCCCAGGGCCCAUCAAAUUUUCCUGGUACAAAAGGGACAAGCUGAAUAAAGAAACAAAGACUCCUAAGUCCUCAGAAGCAGAAUUCAAGAUCUCCGCAGUGAACAGCAGUGACGCGGGGGAUUAUUACUGUGAAGCCAACAACAGUCGCCGAAACUUUGUCAGCAAAGCAGUGCCCGUUACCAUAAAAGUCCCAGUGUCCCAGCCUGUCCUCACCCUAAGCACUGGCAAGACCCGGGCCCUUGAGGGAGAAUUGAUGACACUUCACUGUAGAUCCUGGAGGGGUUCUCCACAUAUCCGGUAUGAGUUCUAUUAUGAGGAUGUCUUCCUGGAGAUCAACUCUACGCUCUCUGGAGGAGGAGCAUCCUUCAAUUUCUCUAUGACCACAGAGCGUUCUGGAAACUACUACUGCACCGCUGACAAUGGCCUGGGGGCCCAGCGCAGUGAGGCUGUCCGGAUCUCCAUCAUUGAAACGACCAAGAACAGAAGGGUUACUGUGGCUGCUGGAAUUGCUGGGGGACUGCUCAUCGUGGCUGGCUCGGCUGCUGGAGUACUGUUUUAUUGCUGGUUCUCUAGAAAAGCAGGGGGAAAGCCUGCCUUUGAUGACUCCAGGGACCCUUCACACUCAGAACCCCAGGAGCCCACCUAUUACAACGUACCAGCCUGUAUAGAACUGCAACCAGUAUACAGCAAUGACCCUAAAGAAGAAGUGAUUUACACAGAAGUUCGGAGAACCCAACAGAAUUGUAAACAUGCAGUUCAGAAGACUGAAAACCGAACACCACGGUGCCAGAUGGCUGAAUGA